GUGUUUAUACAAUAUGUCCCAUUUGUUUGAAUUGUUGCACCCACAACACAACCCGAUACGGAAACUUCAGAUUUCUUAAUCACGCCCUGUUUCUCUUCUAGCCGUCUUGCCUCUCCAUUUUUGCUUAAGAGAGAUAGAAAUAGCAACCAACAACUUCGAAACUUGUAUCGGAAAAGGUGGGUACGGUCGGGUGUACAGAGGAGAGCUUUUAAUAUCUGGAAAGCUUACCACAGUCGCUGUAAAGCGGCUAUAUGAGCAGUUCGGACAAGGGUCAAAAGAGUUUUUGACAGAAAUUUCGUUGCUCUCCGGUCAAAAACAUCCAAACUUGAUCUCUCUUCUUGGUUAUUGCGAAGAAGGGGAAGAGAAAAUCCUUGUUUAUGAAUAUGUAGAGCGAGGAAGUUUGGAUCAAUAUCUAACGCAUCAUAAUACGAAUUACAAUAUUCUUACCUGGCCGGAAAGACUCAAAAUAUGUGUCGGUAUUGCUCGUGGAUUAGAACACCUCCAUAAUCAUGUCGGAAAGCAUCAGGCCAUAAUCCAUCGGGAUAUAAAAAGCGCAAACAUUUUGGUAGAUCACAACUGGGUUGCUAAAAUUUCUGAUCUUGGAUUAUCCAAGUUAAGUUUAUCAGGUCUAGAUAGAAGUGCUAUUAUCACCCACGCUUGUGGAACACCAGGUUAUUGUGAACCAGAAUACAUCACUACUGGCAUCGUCACCAAAGAAUCAGAUGUAUAUUCUCUCGGCAUGGUACUACUUGAACUUUUGUGCGGGAGGCUGUGCACCAUUAGAGACGACCAAGGCUUGUUGUUAUUAGACUACUUUAAAAUGAAUAAUUUUCACAAGAUUAUCGAUCCUAGUUUAAGGAAACAAAUGAGCUCAUAUUCAAUGAACAAAUUCUUAACGAUUGCAUACGGAUGCCUGCGUGAAGAUCGACAACAACGCUUUCCCAUGGAUCUUGUUUUGAAAGAGCUUGAAGAAUCACUAAAUAUCGAGUUAUCUUUGAGAAACGGUGAGAAAUCUAAUUUGAUAUCAAUAUCACGCGGAUUGCAAAACGAGACUCCAAAAUCUUCCUUUGCUACGCUCAUCAAACACCGAACCAAUGUGGGGAAAAUUUUCGAUCUAUUUGAUAUAAAUAGAGACGGUGGUCUUAGUAAAGAAGCGCUGGUUGCCUUCCUGGUGGUUACAAACGUUAACGUUGAAUAUGGUCACGAGCAAAUUAGCGCCUUGGUCGAUGAGGUUCUCUGUUUGUACGACAAAUAUCUUGAUGACAAAAAGGGUCUUACUUACCAUGGGCUGUUACAGUACUAUGACGAUGGCCAUGGUGAUUUGGACUCUGAUAUUGCGAAACUGGUGUCUGACUCAUAUUCCAACAAUGAUGAUUCAAGUAGACGACACAAGUUGAUAACGAUUUUCCAGAAACAUAAUCACGAUCUUGCUUAUGAUGGCCUAUUAAAGUUGGUGCUUGAUUCGAAACCUAGUGAUGACGAUGAAGCUGCUCUAUGGUUUGGUUCACCAGAGAGCUCGGUUAUGAUUAAACCGUUGACAAAUAAACCAGUACUUUCAUGGUUGGUGAUCACCCUGUUGAUAUUGUUGAUAACAACGAUAUUGGUGAAACUUAGCUUCUUGUGGUUUGUCUUUUUGAUUUUGUCGAACUCUAUUAUUGCAUUUAUGAACAAAAGCAAGAACAUGCGUGCAUUGAAUUAGGUUUGCCUCUUUAUCAUGCUGUAUCAAUUAUUGGCGGUAUUUGCUUGUAAAAUCCUCAUUUGGACAAGACAAUUUGUUAGUUGUUACAUAUAUGCAUUGCAGCAUCAAGGUUUACCAAA